CGCCCGCGGAGCACGACUCGAGGUCCCCGGAUCACGAACGGGCGGGAGAAGUGCCAGAAAUGUCCACGGGGUUUGCCUAUCACUGCCCAUCACAUCACCUCACCCGAAGCUCUCUGGCAAAGCGAGAUCUAUUGCUACAAUAUCCUACAGUAUACUCCCAUCGAACACUUUUUGCACUCGAUGUGCCAUUUGCACCUGUCUAGAUCGCCGCAUACUCAUCACAGUCCCUUCGUCGGAAGAUAGGACCCAACCACCUGCCUGUGGCGGUUACAAGCAUGCCUUGCACGACAGCUGCAUGAGACACGUCGCAGUCCCGCAGACGUUGACAGCUUCACCGUGGGCUUAGACUUUUCGACCCUUGCGUGUCAUCUUUUCAGAUGCAUGCCUGGGUACACCAUGGCUCUCUGCUAGGAGCAGGAGCGCCUUCUCACUCGCGCUCAAUAUCUUUGGGGCCGCCUCUGGCUCAGUCGCAACGGGACCAUCUUUCCAAGGCCAAAUCAACCUCCAACUUGCACAAGAUGGCCACUAUUGAGGCUUCUCCUCCUCCCCCGCGACAAAAUCAAGAUGACUCUCCGGAGACGUCCUUUCGGACGAUAGCCGAUCCUCGGAACGCAAGCACAACCGACCUAAGCAGAUCGGAUUCUUCGUCCUCAAGGCACCCCGACCUGAACAGCGAAGUCGCCGCGUUGAGUGACAAGCUGAUAAGUGCGAUCAACCACCAAACGAAUCUAGAUGACACCCUCGCCCGAACGAGGCAAGAGUUGGAAGCGUCCAGGGCCAGAAUCGCAGAGCUAGAGGCAGAAGCAAGGGCAUAUGAAGAGAGACUUGCCCGGGGAGACUUAGUUCCCCGAGAAAGCGUCGAAGAGCAGAACAACAAGUUGCAGUCCGAGUUGGAGGAGGAAAGACGACAGAAGGCACAGAUCCAACAAGAGAAGCGUGGCAUUGAGUCGGAAUUGGAGACCCUCACGGCGUCCUUGUUCGAUGAAGCAAACAAGAUGGUGGCAUCUGCCAACAGAGACCGAGACGCAACUGAGAAGAAAAACCAGCAGCUUCGCGACCAGAUCAAAGAUGGAGAGGCAGUGAUCGCCUCUCAGACCGAGCAAUUGGCGGAACUCAAGGAACUCAUGCAGCAAAUCGGGCCGAGUUCAGAUUAUCGUAAAGAACUUGACUCACCUCGGGUGUCCUUAGCACCUUCGAGCCCAGGUGCUGCACGAGAGGAGCACAAUAUCGCCCGUCUUCUGGAGGCCAUGCAUCUGUCGCCUGUCGACCCCGAUCAUGGCGAAAUUACUCCCAGCCCCUCGAGUCAGCUUACUCAUCUUCUCAGGACCAUCUGCCGGACAGAUAUUCCUGCUUAUGAGGAUUUCAGAAACUUGGUGCAGACGUCUCAUUUCCGCUCACACAAUCCCUCUCAUGCACCUUCCCGAGCCGGUUCAGGCUCGUACGGCGGCUUGAACAUGAUGGGACUCGGCUCGCUCAGCAACAACUCGAACACCAAUCUCUCCCAAGCGGCUCAACCUGCGACUUCAAAACUGGCAAACUCUCCGAACCUGCCUGGCUCCUUUAGUCCCAACCCUGACAGCAGAGGACCCGUGCCACUCAAGGACACCAGAUUCUACAAACGGAUCUUGGUCGAGGAUAUUGAGCCGACACUACGUCUUGACCUAUCUCCUACUCUUUCAUGGCUGAAUCGCCGGAGCAUACUUUCGGCGCUAGGUGAUUCAACACUAAUUGUGGAGCCUAUUCCUGAAGCCUCUCUCCGGCUCUAUGGCAAGUACACUCCGUGUGCACUGUGUGGGGAGAGUCGAAAAGAAGGCGAAAACCCGCGCACUCACGCAAUGAGGGUACGUGAGGGUGAAGGCGCAACAAAAUGGUCCAUUUGUACUUUAUGUCUAGAAAAGGUGCGAGGAGUGGGCGAUUUAGUCGCCUAUGUACGCAUGGUGCGUGAAGGGGUUGUCAAGGUUGGCGAUAGGAAGGAUGAAGAGGACGCAUGGGAAGAGUUAAUUCGUCUCAGAGAACGAUUGUUCUGGGCACGGAUGGCAGGGGGUGUUGUUCCAGCAUUUCUUCCAACGCCCACAAAAAGCACACCGGUGGAGAAUGGGAAGAUGGACGAUGAGGUGGCAGGUGUUGGUGGUGCUGAUGCUAAGAUGGGAAAGGUCAACAGUCCUUCCGACCCUGACAACAACAACACACCAUCACAUUCCGCUGCCGAUCCGUCUGCGCAGUCCGCGCCCGACUCACCACUUGCUGGAAUUGGAACGGUCUCCCCCGACCAGGCUGCCCAGCUUCAGCUCCAACAAGGCCUUGACGAGAGUCUCACAACCUUCGACAAUAUCAAGGAGAAGAGAAUGAGCAAUCCUGCUGGCCACCGAAGCUCGAGCACGCCACCAACAACGCCUCCUCGACAGCGACAUAUCAAGCGACAGUCAUCCAGCGGAGGUGGCAUCAGUUUCCCAAGGAUAAAUAUCCCUCGACUGCCGGCUGGAUUCUGGGAGGCUCAAGUCAAUACCCUGACCUAGCCGGAAUGACUUUUGGAGGGGCAAAUCGAAAAGGUGGGAAAGUGGAUUCGUUUCCAUUUUCAUUCCGCCUGUGUACAAUAUAAUGCAACAGGAUGCAGUGGGGAGCGCCAGACUCCAAAGAGGAACUUGACUAUGACUGGUACCAGAACCAGAAAUGGAAGGCUCCACAAGCCAACGGGUCGGGUCGGCCAACUUCAAAUUACUGUCUGCUUGUCAGGCGUGACCAGUCUAGACCAUCUGGAUAGAAAACCUGGGGCAGGGAUAACUGGUCUUUUUCGGGAUCGGAAGGUGGUUGAAAGGGCUUCACGAGGAUGGGGAUCACAAGCUCUCCGAGAAGCUCCCAGCGAAGUGACGCUUUGUAUAUUAUAUAGCGAUGAUUUAGGUAUUAUUUUCAGGGUAAUCCAAAUGAGUUGGGCGGCGCGUCUCGUCUGCAGGAACGAAAGCACGUUCAAGUUUGGAACAUUGUCCACUGGCAUGGAUCACUUAUAACACUGUUCAACAUCCUAUGAUUUGCGACACAAGAUCUGACCAUGUGGAAUGGCAAUGAAGGCAUCCUCCUGCUCGCCCCAAGCUUUCCAAGCCAGGGAGAUUUUCUCGAUUUCUUCCUCGGUGGCAAACCCUUCUCGGACCGCAGUGCCCUUGAAUCCCGGCUGGACAAUCCUUCCAUUCCAGCUCAUGGCAAAAUGCCUGACUCUCUCGCCGGCAUACCGCCAGGUAUCCCAUGAGGCAUCAAUUUCUUCAGACCCAAACCCAGCCUGCCGCGCCCAGACAUGACAGUACCUACCUGCGUUUGGUUCGCCGCCGUUGGCCCUGGCGACUUUCUGAUAGAGCUCGGCCCAGCGGUCCAGCUCAGGGGGUUCCGGAUACCACGCGAAAGCCUUGUAGUCAGCUUCGCGGGCGGCGACGAUACCACCAUCGGUGCCCCCGGACUUGGCCACCCGGCGCAUUUCACGCAGAAUGCCCACGGGGUCCUUGACGUGCUGCAGCACUUGGUGGCAGUAGACAAUGUCGAAAGAAUCGUCCGGAAAGGGUAGGCUGUUGGCGUCGAUCUGUUGAAAUGUUAUGUUUGUCAACCCCCGAGACGCAGCGUACUCGGCCGCUUGGUCCAAUACGCUGGCUACCGCGUCAACACCUAUCACUUUGCCUUGUGGUACUAGUGUUGCUAGGUCCGCGGUGAUUGUGCCGGGUCCGCACCCCACGUCUAAGAUCGUGUCGGUCGGUUUGAUGUGCCGUAGCAAGAAUGCCGCUGAGUCUUGGGCUGUUCGGCGCGCGUGGUCGGAUACCACGGAUUUGUGGUGGCCGUGGGAGUAGGUGGCUUGUUCUUUGGGGGGCAUGGUUGGUGUUGCCAGGGAUGGUCAAGUUGGUAGGGUUCUGGAGUACUGUAGGUGUGUUUGUUGGUAGAGGGUUGGAGGGGUCGUGGCUAGGUUGAUGCAACACCACAGACUUGAAGGCGAGAAGCAAGCGCAAAAUGAGACUCGACUACUAGUAGUGGAACGAGAAUAUCUCAAAAACUUGGGUUAUGAUGUUGUUGGUUUGUUAAGCACCUCCAUG